AUGGCUGAUCAGACCAAGUUCUUUGAGGUUCUUCAGAAAGUUCUGGAAAACCUGACCUCUGAAGAUCUGGUGAAAUUCAAUACACACCUGAUUGAGGGGGUGGUGGACUAUUACCCCGUCAUACCCAAGCCCACGCUGCAGUUCGCCAUUGUCCAGGCAAACGUCAGCGAGAUGUUGAAGGCCUAUGGAACGAGGGACACGGCAGAGAUAUGCGAGAUCACCCUGAGAAUCAUGAACCACAGAGAUCUCGCUCAGAGUCUGGCUGGAAUCAAAGGAUCUCUCUAUCCAGUGGUUCCAUAUGCGCAGGUUCUGCAUGAUGGACUCAAGAACCAGACGGUCAUCACCAUCCAAGGACAGGUCAAAUCAAACGCUGACCAAUUUCAUAUAAACCUACACAAAGACAGCGAUAUAGCGUUUCAUUUCAACCCACGAUUUAAUGAGAACGGGAAGCAGGUGAUCGUGAGGAACAGCCUAAUGAGAUAUGUGUGGGGACCUGAGGAAAGAGAACUGUCCGUCUUUCCUUUCACACCUGGAAAACCUUUUGAGGUGAAAAUUCUCUGCACUGAUGCUGAAUUCAGAGUAGAAGUUGAUAAGAAGCCUCUGCUGAAUUUCACUCAUCGCAUCAAAGAAAUAAAUCAGAUCAGGAAACUGACUGUGGAACGAGACGUCUUCAUCAAGCAAGUGACCAUCGAUCCAAUUCCUCUCUGGAUGACUCCACAAUCUACAGAUGUUCUGAAUGAUGUGAUCUCUGAGAACAUGAACAUCAUCAUCCCUCUGCACGUCAAACCCAACGCUAAAGUGUUCUCGAUCAACCUGAUUAAGGACGAUGAAAACAACAUAUUGUUUCAUAUGAAACCGAUGUUCUCCGACGAUGGGAAGGGAAUAAUGAUCGUCAGGAACAGUAAGGUUAAUGGAGUUUGGGGCUCUGAGGAACGAGAUACUCCCUCCUUCACUUUUGCAUGUGGAAAAUCUUUCCUGGUGAAGAUCUUGUGCACCAGCAAGGAGUUUAAAGUGUUCGUUGACGGCAAGUUUCUGCUGGAGUUUAAAUACAGGCAGUUCGAUUUCACCAAAAUCAAUAAAGUGGGAAUUCGUGAAGACGUCAUCGCCUGGGGGGUCCAGGUUGAGCCGUGUACGUUUCUUUACGUAUGCUUUAAUUCUUACCUGAGCUACAAAAAAAGAUGUGCAUUAAGUGUGAAAUUGUGGUGGAAAAUGAGAUGUUUUAAAGCUGGAAAUCAUCAGAACCUUAUCUGA